CGUGUCCUCUUCAGCAGUAAAGACCUCGGUAAAAACCGCUGUCCUUCAGGAUGCACAGGCUGCCGACCGUUCCCAAGUUCACCAAAUCAUGGGAAAUGUUUGAGUACAAUCUACUGUUCGUGCGACGGCUGGUGGACUUUGUGGGGUUAGAUUUCAUGAUCGAAAACUACAAAUUUAACUGGAGAACCGGUUCGGCGGUAUUCUUCUGCGUGACCGUUUUUGGCCUUUCUCUGUACAAUACGGCAUUUUACUAUCCGGACAUGUACAAGAUUUGCGAAGUGUCGAUACCCUUGAGUAUCUGCCUGCAGAGUGUUACUAAGCUUUACUAUGGAUACAGACAUCGUCAUUUUUAUCUGGAAACGUACGAUCGCAUUCGGCAGCUCCAUUUGAAGCAUCAAAAUCACGAGGAAAAUAACGCAAAAUUGCUUCUUUUGAUAGAAAGGAUUCAUGUGCUAUCCAAGCUGAUGACCCUGUUGUACACUUGCGGAGGUUUAUCUUAUCUGGCAUAUCCAGUACUGAUGCACUUUAUGUACCAGGAAAGAGUUCUUGCACUCGCGCUAAGAAUUCCUUUCGUUGAUGCAGAUUCCACUACCGGCUACAUUAUUACCAAUUUGUAUCAUGUUAUUUUGAUAAUCGUCGGAUGUGCGGGAAUAUCGGCUGCUGAUAUCGUGAUCACCCUAAUGGUGGGCAGCCUGGUUGGGUUCGUUGAUGUGUUCACCAGCGAUAUGAACGACUUGGACCGGAUGUUAGAUUCGGGGGAUCGAAACGAAGAGAUCAUUCGGGAUGAAGUUAAAUCCAUUUGUGGACAACACCAGCACAUAAUAGAAUAUGAGUCUGAUCUUGACGAAAGAUACAUCGUUAUUUGCUUCGUCCAAGUAUUCACCUCCAUCUCUGGCGUCGUAGUGGCCCUUUUUCUCGUGUACAUGAUACAAUUUAUUCCGGGAUACAUGCUAGUGCUUGCGUCGUUUGUUCAGUUACUACAACUUUGUCUGCUUGGAACAGUGCUGACUGUAAAGAACGAACAGAUAACCGAAACAACGUACAACCUUCGCUGGUAUCUGUUGCGAAAAUCUGAGCAAAAAUGUAUUCUGCAAAUGCUGCAUAAAAGCCAGAGCUUUGUUGAGAUGACCGUUGGAGGUUUCGCACCACUCAAUCUGGAGACCUUCGUUUCGAUUAUGAACAGAAUCUAUACUUAUUUCAUGAUGCUGAUACAGUUUUUGGAACAGGAAGAGUAAUCUUAUCACGCAAAAUUUACUAAUGUGAUACAAGUUCAAGCUUGAUAAAAACUAAAUAAAUAUUUUCGAAAGGUCCUAAAAA